UGUGCAUAUUUUACAUGGCUAGCCUCACAAAUAUCGAGGGAUAUACCCUGUCUAUUAUUUCCAGGAGGGGCCAUGGCGUAGAUGGAGAGUCCUAGAGUAUUUAAUGCUCAUUUUGAGCUACGCAGACCCAAUUAGAGCCCGCGCUCUACUAGACAACUCCCGGCAACAUCCAACGGCCCACACAGUGUGCCAUCUUCCCAAUUUCCCUCACAUGGCUUGGGUUAACCCGGGGCUAUGGUAACAUUCACUCGCCCAUGUUGAAUCGCCGUCAAGAGGAAUCGAACCCCGGUCUCCUGCACAGAGUACGAGAGCUAUAACCACUAAUCUACGGCGCCACAAAUAUAUUGCAAAGAUGGUAUAUAAACAAUUUCCAAGUACAGAAACUAAUUGUAGACUGCGAAUAAUCUUGGAUUUCUGCAUUUUUAUUUUAACUAAAACAGACCUAUAAAGAUUAGAGUUCUCCCCCACAUGCUUUUUUUAUUUUUGUGUGGUCAGUUAGGGAAAACAACAUGUAAUUAUACAGUGUGUUGUCUCACUGAUCGCAUCAGUGCACAACACAAGGUUCCAGUAACUCCAUGCCAUGACUAAGUUCCCAGAAGGAGAACAGCAAGAAUUAGCAAAGCUGGUAAAAAACACUUUGGCUGACUAUAAGUAUACAAAUACACUAACAUAAUCCGUCUACAUCAUUACCAUGUCCUCUAUAUAAUUUCUUGUGACAGCAACCAGAUAAUGCAGGUUUCGGCAAUGUCAGACCAUUAAACAAACUAUGUCAAUUCAUGUCCUUCGUUAAGCGCGAUCUUCCACACAACAUUGAUUAUCACAAAAAAUAAGGUAUAUCUUCAGUGAUAUAAAUUUCAACUUAACGUAAAUUCAGUAAGUAAGUCAACACAACUUAAGUAAUUAAUCCAUAAUUCCAAUAAAUAAUUCAAUACAGAAAUAACAAGCCCCAGCAACAACAGUGUUACCUUUAUUUACCUUUAUUAUCUAUUGAACGUUCCAUUUAAAUUUUUUGCAUUAUAGCUCUUUGUGCUAGAUGCUAUCCUACCAUCUGUCUUGUUUUUCUAUUUUUUUCCUUUUAACAUUGUAUUGUGGUUUUAAAAUCUAUUUCUUGUAACAUCAUUUUUUUUUAGUUUUUAACAAUUUUAUUACUCACAGGACCCAUAUUGAUAACAGAAUCUUACAUGAAUUGGCAAUCCUGUAUAAAUAUUUGCUAAAUAAAUAAAUAAACCCAUGUAACAUCAAUACCAAGUUUUAGUAAACCUGUUGAAAAUUUAAGGUCCGAAAAAUCUAUUUCUGGGCUAUGUAGGCAACUAAAUGCUACCUAGAUAUAUUUAAAUAAAUUGUAUAUAGUUUUUUUAGAGUAAUAUUGAUUGAAUGUCAGUACUGCGCCAUUAUGAAAGAAAAGCACUUGUUCCAUUUGAAGAGGAUGAGUAUCAUGAAUUCAAGGGACAUCGUAGCUUAGCAAUUGAGGAAUUGCCACCAUGGUGUUAUCAUCCUCAUUCAACUAGAAGAUCAAGGAAAGCUGCUUCUAGAGCCAUUGCAGCCUUUCUGAAUUCUGGGCGUGGUGGGACUGUCUACUUGGGUAUUAUUGAUGAAGGAGUUGUCAAAGGGAUUUAUUUAACCGAAUUUCAGAAGGACCAUGUUCUGGUUUCAUUAAAAGAUUUGUUUUCAAGAUAUCGUCCAAUGGUUACAGAGGAUAAGUAUGAGGUUACGUUUGUACCUGUGUUUGAGAAAGAUUGUCCACAGAAUGUUCUUGAACCUGAGUUGAAUUUGGAAACUGCACAAAAACAUUUAAAGGCUCAUCUUUUGAGAACUUACGACUUUUGCUGGUGUGAUCAGGAACUGGGUACAAGAAUUGAUAAUGAUGAAAAAACUCAAGAUUACGUUGUCGAAAUCAAAAUACAUCCUCAGAAAGGAACAUUUCAAGUGUUUGACGACAGUUCAUUUAAGGCUGUAUUGCCCGUUGUUUAUGAGAAUGAGGAAGGGAAGUGUUUCUUCAGAAAGUCUGCGUCGUGUGUUGAGUACACAGUUGAGAUGGUGAAAGAGCUUGCUAGAGAACAAAUUAAAGACAUGUAUGAUCCAAUAAUACAAAGUUUGCGACAACAAGUUAACGACGUAAAGCAGCUUGGCGUUACUUAACCUGAUCAUUACAUGAUUCAAUCCUGUGAGUUAUCCAGUUGUGCGAAUUUAAUGGCAAUCUUGAGAAAUUCGUAUACACAUGCUUGUGUAAGUUCAAAACGCGAGCAAUAGACAUCGUAUAUAUGUCCCGUUACAUAAAAAAUUAACAUUUCGACGUCUGUGGUAAUGAGUUCUGCUAAAUAGAUCAUUUUUUUAUGUGAUAUGGGAUAUAUGAAAACAAAGGACGCAUACUAUAUAAUAUUUGUU